AUGAUUGGCAGCUUAUUCUUCAUCUUUAACCGGCUGGUGGAGAUCGUCUUCUUGAUCCCCAUCAUCGGCAUCAUGUCCUACUUCGUCCACGGCUACCUAAAAGCCAACAUGCUCACACCCGCCUACAUCCUCGUCAUCUUCAUCGUCAGCGUUAUCGCCGUCUUCUGGGCCAUCGACACCCUAAUCCGCUUCUCAGCAACCAAGCGCUCAGCUCUCUUCGUCUCAUUUGUAGACCUCCUAUUCGUGGGCGCAUUCAUCGCCGCUGUCUACGAGCUCCGCUUCAUCGCAAACCAGAGCUGUUCACACUGGGACGGUGGUUCAGUCUGGGUAUCCCUCGGUCCGUUCGGCGAGUACGGAGAAAGCAUCAAUAACGAUUACCACCUGCACAUUAACAAGACGUGCGCUAUGCUCAAGACUUCGUUCGCGAUGGGAAUUAUGGAGUGCGUCUUCUUUGCUUGGACGGCUUUCUUGGCUCUUUUCUUGCAUUCGCGUCAGCGUGAGGUUGUCGUUAAGGAGACUACUGUUCGGAGACGGAGUCACAGUUCGCGACGUGGUCACUCUAGCGGAGGACAUCGUCAUCGGAGCUCGAGUCGGAGUCGGCGGCCUGCGUAUGUGGUUUAA